GGCGGUGGGAAGAAGGUGACACGGGGCCGCACACCACCCAGCUCCUCCAUGGCCCCACGCCCCCCAUUGUGCAUGCAGCGCUACCAUGGAAUCAGUGGAGUGGGGAAUACGGCCCAGCCACUGCAGUGUGGGGCUGGCAGGUGACAGAGAACAGGGAACACGACACAGGACACUGGAGACAGGGCUGGCCAUGUCCCGGCUCAGGCUAGUCCUGCUCCAUGUACUCAUGGGAAGGAGGAGCAGCAGUGGCCAGCGCUGCUGCUGGACGAAGGCGCGGGCCAUGACAGCCGCGCUGCACCUCCAUAGGCACAGGCUGUCCCGCAUCACCCCCUGUCUCUACCUCAGCGACGGCGUGGCUGCGGGCAACGCACAACUCCUGGCUGCCAACCGCAUCACCACCGUCGUCAACGUCUCCCUUGAGUUGGCCAACAUGUUCCACCCCGGCAUCGAGUACCUACGCAUCCCGGUGGCCGACAUCCCCACAGCCCGCAUCUCUGCCUGCUUCAACUCCGUUGCCGACUUGAUCCGCAGUGUGGGUGAGCGCGGGGGCCGCACGCUCGUGCACUGUGCAGCCGGGGUGAGCCGCUCAGCCACCAUCUGCAUAGCCUACCUGAUGAAGCACCACGCCAUGUCACUGGCCAGCGCUCACGCUUGGGUCCGCUCGUGCCGGCCCAUCAUCCGGCCCAACAACGGCUUCUGGCGGCAGCUCAUCCACUACGAGUAUUUGCUGUUCGGCAUCAACACCGUCCACAUGGUCCACUCACCCUUUGGGAUGAUACCUGAUAUUUAUGAAAGGGAAGCUAGGAUGAUGAUGUUCUGAGUGUAGCCCAGCUGGGAACCAGGGGAAGCAGAAGGCGGAGUUGCAGCAGAGCUCUGAAAUAAACUCUCGUUGUCUGCCAGUGGUUGGAGUCUCUGCAGCUACAGGAGGAGGGACUGGGCUGUGAGCAGAGGCUGGGGCAUGCUGUAAGUAAGGCCAUACAGCAUCGUUCAUGCCGUGGUCCUGUUGGCAAUACUGAAGCCACUCGUCACGUGCUGGUGUUGUUUCAUUUCAGCAUAAACUGUGCUUAUAAAACAGGGCAAAAUCC